GUGACACAAAAAAGGGUCACGCCCCAUUAACUUCCCUUUUUCUUCUCUUUCUCUUCUCUUUUCUUCUAUUUUCUUCCCAAACCAAACUAUGAGUACUACUAUUCAACAACAACCUCAUAACUCAGAAACCAUAACCAUCUCAAACAAUUCACCACAACCAUCAUCCCCAUCGCAAUCACAAUCUCAAAAAAUCAAACGCAUUAGAGACACAAACACAAACACAAACAAGCAUCCACUCUACCGCGGUGUCCGUAUGCGAAACUGGGGAAAAUGGGUGUCGGAAAUCCGCGAGCCGAAGAAGAAAUCCCGAAUAUGGCUCGGCACAUUUCCAAAUCCAGAAAUGGCAGCCCGGGCUCACGACGUGGCUGCUCUCAGCAUCAAAGGAAAUGCUGCCAUUCUCAAUUUCCCCGAGCUAGCAAACUCGCUCCCUCGACCGGCUUCUGUCUCUCCCCGCGAUGUCCAGGCCGCUGCUACAAAAGCCGCUCACAUGGAGUUUCCUUCUUCGGCUACCCCGUACGAAUUGAGCGAGAUUAUCGAACUUCCUAGUCUCGGAAACAGCGGUGAGUUCGAGAAGGAGUUUGUGUUUAUUGAUUCUAUUGACGCGUCGUGGAUGUUUCAGCCUCCUUGCUUGCACACCAUGGAAGAUUUUCUUUGGAGUGAAGUUUAUAGUAACUAUGGCUAGUACUCUUCAGAUGAGUUUGGUGAUUUUACUAUAAAGUCCUUCACCGUUCUCUAUUCUUGUUCUGUAUAAAUCUCUUCUUUUUGUUUUUAGUUUUGGUCUGUGUCUCUGCAGCCACUUGUGUUUUUUCUGUUAUGAGUAUGCUGCUGUGUCUUCUGUUUCUGUGUGCUUUUUUUCUCUCUCAAUUGAAUUGUAAUUAUUGCUAUAAAUUAAUAAAUAUAUAAAUAAGAGGGAAAAAAGUCGUUUUGUUAGUAUUUUUUC